CAUGCGAUGAGCGAUUCCUCGCAACACCUACGGCUUGCGCUGACGGUCACACAUCUGCUGCUCGUCGCUUUGGGAUCCGUCAACCUCAUCAUUAUUCUGUUAAUUAUCACAAGACCAUACCUCCGAUCUAUAACAAAUGUGUACAUGAUAGGAUUAUGUCUUGCUGAUUUCAUAUAUCUAGCAGAUUUAAUACUCGUUGCCGCCACAUCACUAAAUGGCAAAAGCUGGCCGUUUGGUCCAACAAUUUGUCAUCUUUUCCAUGGCACGGAGGCGACGGGGAAAUACGCAUCUGUACUUUUCGUCGUACUUCUAGCCGCUGAUCGAUACAUCGCGAUGUGUAAAAGUGAUUUGUGCGGCAGAUAUAGAACUUAUCGCACAGCCAUCUUCCUGAGCGGUCUUGCGUGGAUCGCCGCGUUUAUCUGCAGUCUUCCUCUCUACGUGUACGCCGAUGAGAUAAAAGUACGUAUGAGACCGAAGAAUGGUACAGAUUCGAUAGAGAACAAUCAUACAUUGUGUAUUGCUCAUUGGCCAAGUCCACCACACGCACAGUGGUAUAUCUCUGUGUGCUCGGUGAUGAUCUUCAUACUUCCGGGACUUGUGAUUUUCUACUGCUAUUAUCAUGUAUUUUGUAAAUUACGAGAAGCUGCAAAGGGUUCUAGGAGAUUGCAUCGUAAUAAGAGAUCAAGGUCUUCAUAUCAAAGAGUCACUCGAAGUGUACAACGGGUUGUAUUGUUUCAUUUACUUUGUUGGUCCCCAUUCUGGUUGUUCAAUUUGUUUUCUGCCAUCUUCCGGGUUCGAAUAACAACACAAUUAAUGAGAAUCAUAGUCAACAUCAUUCACCUCUUCCCUUAUGUGAACUGUGCACUUAAUCCAGUAUUAUAUGCAUACCGAGCAGAAAACUUCCGGACCGCAUUCAAAUCACUGCUCUUCUGGAGCCGACGGUCAGUUUCUAGCAAAUUAAACCGACCACUUCCCUUACCGGAAGAUGUGCGGAGCACGUCGGCUAGUACGUACUAUAGGAACAGCAGCAACUUGGACUGUUUGAAAUCCUCGUUGCCCAUAAAGUCAACAAUGGAGCCAGCAUCCGUGUACCAACCAGAAGAAGAAAGUCCAGUGGACUCUACUGAAAACUUGGAAAUGGAGAGAAAAAAAGCGGAACUUCAAGCCUGGCGGCCUUAUGAUGGAACUAACUGUGAAGUAUUAGAAGUUCAAUACGAUCAUCAUAAAUGCUCCGCCAGAAGUAUCCUUCUCCCAGCUGUCACAGUGGACGAAGGAACAAAAUUAUGAUGAUGAAAACUUUGAAAAUAAAUUAUAGGAACGUGUCGCAUUGUCUCUUGCACACUUCCGGGUACGCAUCUUUCCUCCCGAUGAGAAAUCAAAUAUUGUAUUUGAAGUUGCAUUUGUGUUUCUUUUCUUUUCUUUCAUUUGUAUCGAUAAAUUUUAAUUUAUUAUA